GUUUUAUCAGCAGCUGCAGCUGCUGGUGUGUCUGUAGCUUUUGGUGCACCGAUCGGAGGAGUGCUCUUUAGCCUGGAAGAGGUCAGCUACUACUUUCCCCUCAAGACGCUGUGGCGCUCCUUCUUCGCGGCUCUGGUCGCUGCGUUCACCCUGCGCUCCAUCAACCCUUUCGGCAACAGCCGCCUGGUUCUCUUCUACGUGGAGUUUCACAUGCCGUGGCACCUGCUGGAGCUCGUGCCCUUCAUCCUGCUGGGGAUCUUCGGUGGCCUUUGGGGAGCUUUCUUCAUCCGCAGCAACAUCGCCUGGUGCAGGCGGCGCAAGACGACCAAGCUCGGGAAAUACCCGGUGCUGGAGGUGUUUGUGGUGACGGCGAUCACGGCCGUGCUGGCCUUCCCCAACGAGUACACCAGAAUGAGCACCAGCGAGCUGAUCUCCGAGCUCUUCAACGACUGCGGGAUCUUGGACUCCUCCAAGCUCUGCGAGUACGUCAACGAUUUCAACAGCACCAAAGGGGAUGACCUGCCGGACCGGGCUGCCGGCCCAGGGGUUUACACCGCCCUGUGGCAGCUGGCUCUGGCCCUUGUCAUGAAAGUCUUCAUCACGAUCUUCACCUUUGGCAUGAAGGUCCCCUCGGGCCUCUUCAUCCCCAGCAUGGCGGUGGGCGCGAUCGCCGGCAGGCUGCUGGGGGUGGCC